AGCUCGCUCCCUCCCCUCCCAGCACCAUGGCGGACCAGCCGGCGGAUAAGAAGUUCUUCGAGAAUCUCUCGGGCGCAGGGAAAGCCAUCGGGGUGCUGACCAGCGGCGGGGAUGCGCAAGGUAUGAAUGCUGCAGUACGUGCGGUAGUGCGUAUGGGAAUCUACGUAGAAGCUAAAGUGUAUUUUAUCUAUGAGGGUUACCAAGGUAUGGUUGAUGGAGGUGACAACAUUGUUGAAGUAUCAUGGGAAAGUGUUUCAAGCAUCUUGCAAGUGGGAGGGACAGUUAUUGGUAGCGCACGCUGCAAAGAAUUUCGUACCCGGGAAGGCCGUUUGAAGGCAGCUUUCAACUUGAUUCAGCGUGGAAUCACUAACCUUUGUGUGAUUGGUGGUGAUGGUAGUUUAACAGGUGCUAAUCUCUUUCGUGAAGAAUGGAGUGGACUUCUAGAGGAACUGGCACAAAGUGGCAAGAUUGAAGAAGAAGCUGUGAAGAAAUAUGUUUACCUCAACAUUGUGGGGAUGGUUGGAUCCAUAGAUAAUGACUUCUGUGGCACAGAUAUGACCAUUGGUACUGACUCAGCCUUGCACAGAAUCAUUGAAGUUGUGGAUGCCAUCAUGACCACUGCUCAAAGCCAUCAGAGGACCUUUGUCCUAGAAGUUAUGGGAAGACACUGUGGGUAUCUAGCUCUUGUUAGUGCAUUAGCUUGUGGUGCGGAUUGGGUAUUUAUUCCGGAAUACCCCCCAGAAGAAGGAUGGGAGGAUCAGAUGUGUGUUAAGCUUUCUGAGAACCGUGCACGAAAGAAAAGGCUGAAUAUCAUAAUUGUGGCAGAAGGUGCCAUUGAUUCUCACAACAAAUCUAUAACUUCAGAAAAGGUUAAGGAUCUUGUGGUUCAGCAGCUGGGAUUUGACACUCGUGUGACUAUCCUGGGUCAUGUUCAAAGAGGUGGUACUCCUUCAGCUUUUGAUAGAAUUUUGGCAAGCCGUAUGGGCGUGGAAGCUGUCCUGGCCCUUCUAGAGGCUACAGCAGAUACCCCUGCUUGUGUUGUGUCCCUGUCUGGGAACCAAGCUGUCCGUCUGCCUUUAAUGGAGUGUGUGCAGAUGACUCAAGAAGUACAGAAAGCAAUGGAUGAAAGAAAGUUUUGUGAGGCUGUGAGACUUCGUGGAAGGAGCUUUGAAAACAACCUUAAUACCUACAAAUUAUUGUCUAACAGAAAACCAGAUACAGAACUUCCAAAGGACCAUCUCUCAUGUAGUACUAAUUUUAAUGUGGCAGUUUUAAAUGUAGGUGCCCCUGCAGCUGGUAUGAAUGCUGCUGUCCGAUCUGCAGUAAGAGUUGGCAUAACUGAAGGUCACACCAUGUUUGCUGUCAUUGAUGGAUUUGAAGGCUUUGCUAAUGGCCAGAUAAAGGAAAUCAGCUGGGGAGAUGUUGGAGGUUGGACUGGCCAAGGAGGGUCGCUUCUUGGCACAAAACGUACCCUCCCUGCAAAGUAUUUGGAGAAGAUUGCUGACCAGAUGCGCACCAAUAACAUCAACGCCCUUAUGGUUAUUGGUGGAUUUGAGGCCUACCUGGGACUUUUGGAAUUAUCAGCUGCCCGUGAGAAAUAUGACGAGUUCUGUGUUCCAAUGGUUAUGGUUCCUGCAACUGUAUCCAACAAUGUACCGGGUUCAGAUUUCAGCAUUGGUGCAGAUACUGCUCUGAACACUAUAACUGAUGCCUAUGAAAGUUGUCUGCAAUUAGCUGAGGCACGUGCUCGCUUUGAGGAGUUUUGUAUUCCUAUCUGUGUGUUGCCAGCUACUAUUAGCAACAAUGUGCCAGGCACCGACCUUAGCAUUGGUGCUGACACUGCCCUGAAUGCUAUUGUGGAGGUAAGACUGCAUAUCCUUUGAAAAUUAAACUGUACAAUGUCUGUCUUUGUUGUGAUACUAGCAAGACCUUGAAACAUUUAGAUUUCUAAAAUAUUCUAGUUUAAAAUAUUAAGCUCCUGUGAUCAGAAGGU